AUUGCACCAAAGAAAACCCCAACCCUGUGUGCUUUGUUCCCCUCCCUUCUCCCACCCCACCUCCAGGCUCCAGCCCCACACCACUCUCUCAAUCUCCAUAUAUUUCAUCAAGAAAAAUCGAACGCAGAAAAAUCUAUAAAUAGAACACAAAAAAAUUCGUUAAUCUACGCAGAACAAUGAAGCAUCACCAUCAUCAAACAUCAUCUGAGGCCGUCUCUUCUUCAUCAUCAGCAGAAGCUGCAGUUUCAUCAUCAUCGUCCUUGACGUCGUCAUCACAGCAGCCGCCGCCGCCUUCUCCGACCGUACAACUAAUGAAUGCAACGUCUCCGGCGACUGAGGACCAUCCUGCAUCAUCGUCUUCUCGUGAUUGUUCCUCUUCCUCAUCGUCGUCGUCGUCAUCGUCGUUGGAGUCCGUGACAAUCGAGAGGCGUGGCGAAUUCGCCGCCGUGUGUAAAUGGACAAUCUUCAAUUUUCCUAGGGUUAAAACUAGGGCUUUGUGGAGUAAGUAUUUCGAAGUCGGCGGAUACGAUUGCCGUUUGUUAGUGUACCCUAAGGGCGACUCGCAGGCAUUGCCUGGUUAUAUUUCGAUUUAUUUACAAAUCAUGGACCCUAGAGGCACUUCCUCUUCUAAGUGGGACUGUUUCGCUAGUUAUCGAUUAACUGUAGUAAACCCUACCGAUGAUUCAAAAUCUAUUCAUCGUGAUUCUUGGCACAGGUUUUCCACAAAGAAGAAGUCUCAUGGAUGGUGUGAUUUUACACCAUCCGCUUCUAUACUUGACACGAAAUCAGGAUUUCUUUUUAAUGAUGAUCAUUGUGUUCUUAUUACUGCCGAUAUUCUCAUAUUGAAUGAAUCCAUUAAUUUUGUGCGUGAUAAUAAUGAGCUUCAGUCCAACUCUGUCUCCAAUUCCGUUGUGAUGACUGGACCUGUUGGUGAUGUUUUGAGUGGGAAGUUCACUUGGAAGGUCCACAAUUUUACCUUGUUUAAAGAAAUGAUUAAGACACAGAAGAUAAUGAGCCCUGUUUUCCCAGCUGGAGAGUGUAAUUUGCGUAUCAGUAUCUACCAGAGUUCUGUUAAUGGAGUGGAUUACUUGUCCAUGUGUUUAGAAAGUAAAGAUACUGAGAAGGCAUCAAUUUCAGAUAGGAGUUGUUGGUGUUUGUUUCGAAUGUCUGUUUUGAAUCAAAAACCUGGAAUGAAUCACAUGCAUAGGGAUUCAUACGGGAGGUUUGCUGCUGAUAAUAAGAGUGGAGAUAACACAAGUUUAGGUUGGAAUGAUUACAUGAAAAUGACAGAUUUCUCCGGUGGAGAAUCAGGGUUUUUAGUGGAUGACACAGCUGUGUUCAGCACAUCCUUUCAUGUCAUCAAGGAGCAUAGUAGCUUCUCAAAGAACGGGGGAUUGAUUUCAGGCAGAAUCAUGAGUGGUGCUAGAAAAUCAGAUGGCCAUAUGGGUAAAUUCACAUGGAGGAUUGAAAAUUUCACAAGGUUGAAAGAUCUUCUCAAAAAGAGAAAGAUCACAGGCCUUUGUAUCAAGAGCAGGAGGUUUCAAAUCGGAAACCGUGAUUGCAGACUUAUAGUUUACCCCAGAGGGCAGUCUCAGCCACCAUGUCAUCUUUCAGUUUUUCUUGAGGUUACAGAUUCAAGAAACACCACAAGUGACUGGAGUUGUUUUGUGAGCCAUCGUUUGUCAGUUGUCAAUCAAAAAAUGGAGGACAAAUCUGUCACAAAAGAAUCCCAGAAUCGUUACUCAAAAUCCGCAAAAGACUGGGGUUGGCGUGAAUUUGUAACCUUAACCAGUCUUUUUGAUCAAGAUUCCGGGUUUCUUGUUCAUGAUGUUGUAGUCUUUUCAGCAGAAGUUUUAAUUUUAAAGGAGACAUCCAUAAUGCAGGACUUUACUACUGAUCAAGAAACUGAAUCUUCUAAUAAUUCUGGGGGAGGAAAAAUGAGUUCUUUUACAUGGAAGGUGGAGAAUUUUUUGUCUUUUAAAGAUAUAAUGGAAACCCGUAAGAUAUUUAGUAGAUUCUUUCAAGCUGGUGGAUGUGAGCUUCGUCUAGGGGUAUAUGAGUCUUUUGACACAAUAUGCAUAUACCUUGAGAGUGAUCAGUCUGUUGGGACUGACCCUGAUAAGAACUUUUGGGUGAAAUACAGAAUGGCUGUUUUGAAUCAAAAGAAUCCUUCCAAAACUGUGUGGAAAGAGUCAUCUAUUUGUACAAAGACAUGGAAUAAUUCUGUGCUUCAGUUUAUGAAGGUUUCUGAUAUGCUUGAAGCAGAUGCAGGGUUUCUUGUAAGAGACACAGUUGUUUUUGUAUGUGAAAUCUUGGAUUGUUGCCCAUGGUUUGAGUUUGCUGAUCUUGAGGUUUAUGCUUCUGAAGAUGAUCAGGAUGCUCUGACAACUGAUCCUGAUGAACUGAUUGAUUCAGAGGACAGUGAAGAAGGAAUCAGUGGAGAUGAAGAAGACAUAUUCAGAAACCUUCUUUCAAGAGCAGGGUUUCACCUCACAUAUGGUGAUAACCCUUCACAGCCUCAAGUGACUUUAAGAGAAAAGCUUCUGAUGGAUGCCGGAGCAAUCGCCGGAUUCUUGACCGGACUUCGCGUUUACCUUGACGACCCCGCCAAAGUCAAGCGGCUCCUCCUGCCAACUAAGCUUUCCGGUUGCACCAAUGAUGGCAAGAAAAUUCACAAAACCGAUGAAUCUUCACCUAGUUUGAUCAAUCUCUUAAUGGGUGUCAAAGUUUUGCAACAGGCUAUAAUCGAUUUACUCCUUGAUAUUAUGGUCGAGUGUUGUCAACCAUCAGAAGAUGAUUCUUCAGACGGAAGCUCUAGACCUUCCGGCGGUAGCUCUCCGCCGGAGCUUGACCGGAGAACCACCACCUCCACCACCACCACCACCGGAUAUGCUCACGAAAGAUUGGAUUCCGGAGGUAAUGAAAUCUCUUCUGCUUCUGCUGUACAAAGCUCAGACAUGACUGAAAAACCAUUCGCCGGACCGCCUUUCUCUCCGCCGGAAACCUAUGCCGCCAGUUCAUCGGAGAGUUCAUCUCUUCGGUCUAAGGCGAAAUGGCCGGAGCAAUCUGAGGAACUUUUAGGGUUGAUUGUGAACUCAUUAAGAGCAUUAGAUGGAGCUGUCCCACAAGGUUGUCCUGAACCAAGGCGAAGACCACAGUCUGCACAAAAGAUUGCUCUUGUAUUGGACAAGGCUCCUAAACAUUUGCAACAUGACCUAAUUGCCCUUGUACCUAAAUUGGUUGAACAUUCAGAACAUCCACUUGCUGCUACUGCACUCUUGGAUAGACUCAAAAAGCCAGAUGCAGAACCUGAUUUACUACUUCCAGCUCUUGGUGCCCUUAGCCAGUUGAAAUGCAACAGUGAAGUUUGGGAACGUGUUCUUUUUCAAUCAUUUGAACUCUUGGAAGACUCAAACGAUUCACCACUUGCAGCCACCAUUGACUUCAUCUUCAAAGCCGCUUUACACUCUCAACAUCUUCCAGAAGCAGUGAGAUCAGUUCGUGGAAGGCUAAAGGAUUUAGGUGGUGAAGUCUCGCCAUGUGUUCUUGAUUAUUUAAGUCGAACAGUCGCCAGCUGUAACGACAUCGGUGAAGCUAUAUUGAAAGACAUCGAUAACGAGGAUAACGAUGGGUACACGUCAGCGCCACGUGGCGUGUUGUUAUUCGAGGGGACAACAAUGACAAGUCACGAAACUCAUUUUUCAGAUAUAUACAUGUUGCUAGAAAUGUUAUCCAUCCCGUGUAUUUCAAUCGAAUCAUCACAGACAUUCGAGAAGGCAGUUUCACGAGGGGCAAUUUCGGCACAAUCGGUGGCAAUUGUUUUGGAAAGACGAAUUGCUCGAAGGAUAAAUAUAACUUCUUGUCAGUUUGAGGAGGAGGAGGAGGAGGUGGUUUUUGAGGAUGGUGACACAAUGGAACAACUUAGAGUGGAAAGGGAUGAUUUUACUUCUGUUCUUGGUUUAGCUGAGAGUUUAGGGGUUUCUAGGGAUCCGUGUGUGAGAGGGUUUGUGAAGAUGCUUUAUACUAUUUUGUUUAAAUGGUAUGCGGAUGGGCCCUACAGGUUGAGGAUUUUAAAAAGACUUGUUGAUCGGGCUACUAGUGCUACGGAUGCUAGUCGGGAGUUAGAUUUAGAUUUGGAGAUUUUGGUGUUUCUUGUUUCUGAGGAACAGGAGUUUGUUAGGCCUGUUUUGAGUAUGAUGCAGGAGGUUGCUGACCUGGCGAAUGUUGAUAGGGCAGCUCUUUGGCAUCAGCUCUGUUCCAAUGAAGAUGAGCUUAUUCGGAUUCGUGAAGAGAGCAAAACGCAAGUUUCUAAUAUCACGAAAGAAAAAGCUGUUUUGUUGCAGAGGUUGAGUGAUACUGAAGCCACUAAUAGUCGCCUUAAGAGUGAGAUGAAGAGUGAAAUGGAUCGAUUUAAUUUGGAAAGAAAAGAAAUGUGUGAACAAAUGCAAGAAAUAGAAAGUCAACUGGAAUGGCUUCGGUCAGAACGAGAUGAUGAAAUCGCCAAACUUACUGCUGAAAAGAAAUUAUUUCAAGAAAGGCUUCAUGAUGCAGAGACACAGCUUUCUCAAUUGAAAUCCCGCAAACGUGAUGAGUUGAAGAGAAUAACAAAGGAGAAAAAUGCUCUUGCUGAAAGACUAAGAAACGCGGAAGCAGCCAGAAAACGAUUUGAUGAUGAACUGAAACGUUACGCAACGGAAAAUGUAAGCCGGGAAGAAAUCCGACAGUCACUAGAGGACGAAAUCCGCCGGUUGACACAAACAGUUGGACAGACAGAAGGCGAAAAACGUGAAAAGGAAGAACAAAUCGCGCGAUGUGAAGCCUAUAUCGAUGGAAUGGAAUCCAAAUUGCAAACUUGCGAGCAAUAUAUUCAUAGUUUAGAGGGAUCACUCCAAGAAGAAAUGUCGAGACACGCGCCGUUAUACGGUGCGGGGCUCGAGGCACUAUCGAUGAAAGAGCUGGAGACGAUUUCCCGCAUUCAUGAAGAGGGACUGAGACAAAUCCAUGCGCUCCAACAGCGAAAAGGUGCGGGCCCAACGGUGAGCCCGCAUUCACACGGGAUGUACCCGGGUGCACCCCCGCCGCCCAUGGCGGUUGGAUUGCCGCCGGCCCUGGUUCAAAAUGGUAUGGGGAUGGGGGUCGGGGUUGGGGUGGUUCAUGGAAAUGGGCAUGUAAAUGGUGCCAUUGGUGGACCAUGGUUCAACCAUUCUUGAAUCUUGAAGUUUUUGAGUCAUGUUGUUAUGGCGUUUCUGAGUUGUUUUUUUUUUCUUUUUCAUUUUAUAUUAAUUGAAAUGGAAAGAAAUGUGUUCAAUGGAACCUAACAAAUGAAGAUGAAAAUGUCACGUCACACAUUUUGACUUUUUUUUUUUUUUUUUUACUUU